UUUUUUUUUUUUUGCAGAAUUCAUUUUUUCUUUUUUUUUUCCUAUCUCCAUGAGAGGCGCUCCUAGGAUAUAUGUUUUGUUGGAGUGAAGUAUCUAGUACGGUGAAUUUUUUCCUUUAUAAUAAUCUUUUCUCGUUGUUUCAUUUUUUUGGAGGACCGAAGUCGGUAUAUCAUGCUUCAAAGUGCUGUUUUGUUGAUGCUUUUGCUUUUGCUUUCGCGUGUGCUGUCUGUUCCUUGUAGUUUUUGUUUAGUACUGUUGUCUCAUCUCAUGUGGCUUUUCUCCCGCGUCUCCUUUUUGGUUUUACAUAUUCUCCUUUCUUCUCCUCCUUCUACUUCUUCGACUUCUUCUGCUACAACUUCAUCGUCCACGCAUCGAUCAAGGGCGAAUGUUUCUUCCAUCUCAGGCUGUAUCGUUUCCUGCCAUGAUAGCCAGGUUAACAAAUUAGAGAUGAUAUGCGAGCGAGUUUAGAUAAUGAAAUCAAUCAAGAG